AUAUUUCGAUCACAUCUUCAGUACAUCGGUGGAUCUCAUAUUAGGAGCCACUAUGUACUUCAGUGUUCUAGUUUAUUGCAGUGUGCUCUUCUGGGCCAGAGAUUCAUUGGCUGUUCAGGAGAGAUUGGUUCAGGAAAUACCUUAUAGAGAGAACUUGAUACCUGGCAAACUCUUUUCCAAACCGACUGGAUUAUCCGGUGACAGUCUUAUAAUUGGCACAAAUGUGACCCAGCUCCUUCAGGAUCAAGUUAACCCACUUCAAUACACAUGUAGAAGAGAGCAACACAGUGUUACUGAUGCAGAAUUGGGUUUUUCUGCCGAUAUAAAAAUCAUCAAUCGCACAAGUGGAAAUUUCGAAUUGAUGCCAGGGGAAGAGAAUAACAACGCCCGUGUGAGACCAUCAUCCGAUUAUUUCAUUCCUAUCAGAAGAGAAAUUUGGGACUGCAAUCCUCAUUCGGAAAGUGCAGGACUGAAGGUUUACAGAAUAGUAACUGAAUUGAUCAGCAUCAAGGAGAUCCUGCAAGUAAAAUACUUUGAAGGAGUUGAAGUAUCUUCUGUGAAUUAUUUCGGACAAGGAUGGAGAACAAAAGUAAAAGAAAUUCGAUACAUUGGAGAAUAUAAUAAGGGAACUGGUGAUUAUAGAGCACUGAAAUACAGUGAGUAAAAUUCAAUUUUGGACUGAAGGCAGUUAUGUCUACAAAUUUUCGCCCUUGUCUGUAUAUAAAUAAUUCGUGAGAGUCACGGGAACAGCUAAAUAUUUCUUUUACAAGAAUGAUUUGAUAAUAUCUUUCCAUGGGGAUUCUAUUCCAAUCAGAAAAACUACUUUUCUGUCACUUCAAAAUUCUGGUCCACCAUCUUGGAGCCACCAUUUUGAAACGAACUUCAUUUUUAGUAUGGAAAGGUGGCCAUUCAUAAGGUACAAAUACACCGUUUAAAAUGUAUUCACUUAAAACAUCUAUAUCAUAUUAAAGCUACAAAUGGAAAAAAAACUCACAGCCAAUACAAGUUUUUGUCUUGGAAAACCCACCUUAAAAUCAGUUAGAGAACACACUGGAGGCUACAGGAAAACCCCGAAAUCAAGAGAAUAUGACCCUCCUAGCUGGCACCCCUAGAGCCACCCAAAAAUGUUUCGACACAUUUAAAUCAGCCUCGCACAGUAAAUUCGAUACAAGCUUUUUUGUUUAGCUCCCGGAGAUAAGUCUAUAUCCAUGGUUGAUCAGACCAAAUUCAAAUGGCGACCCAGGAAAGGAAGUUUUCAUCGGAAAUUUGAAGUUUUUCCAAAUUUGAAAAAUGUUCAGCCAAAAACUAUGAAUUCCCUGUGAAAAGUGAACACCGAAUCUGUUGCAUAGAACACUGAAGGCUACUAGAAAACCUUCAGACCUUGAAAAUUCUGCCCCCUGUCAUCCCUUAUUCUGGUCCCCUCCCCCAAAUAUUUGGUACAAGAAGCGCAAAGAAAUACUAGCAUUGAUGUGCAGUCAGACUAGUUACGCCACUGCCUGGGCCCCCCAAAUAUUCAAGACAUAUUUAAAUUUGAUUCCCAUGAAAAAUGUAUAGAAAGCUUUUUUGUUCAGCUCGCAAAGUUUAAAGUCAUAGCUAAAUUUCAACCAAAUUCAAAAGGCAAUCCAGGAAGGGUCGUUUUCAUCGGAAAUUUUAAGUUUUCCAAAUUUCUCAGACAAAUUUCUCUAUGAGUUCCCUGUGAAGAGUGAACACCGAAUUUGUUGCAUAGUACACUGGAGGCUAUAUGGGAAAACUUCCAGACCUUGAAAACUCUGCCCACUAGCAGCCCUGCCCCCCCCCCCAAAUAUUUGGGAGACAAUCAAAUUUGCUUCCCACAAAAAUUUAUUAGAAGCUUUUUUAUACAAAUUCAAACCAAAUUUCCUAACCUACCCUACCUAACCUACCUUAUCUAACAUACUCCACCUAACCUACUCUAUAUAAACCACCCUUUCUAAUCUACCCUACCUAAACCACUCUGAAAACCUUCUUCACCCACACCACCUCACCUGAACCACCCUACCUGAACUACCCUACUACCUACUUCCUGAACUACCCUACUAUAUACCUACUACCUGAACUACCCAGGUGGGCGAAGCCAUCUGCCGAUUGCGAGUAUAUCAUUAAAUAAUACAAUAAUUAAAUGAAUGAGUAGAUCGAAAAUCCAAAAAAAAGAAAACAAUAAAAUUGGCAUCUGAAUACUUUUAAUAGGAAAGUUCAAUCCGUAAGAUUUUUACUGUUCUCAUUUAUUCAAUUUCUGUAUGAUUUACGAAUAUCUCUUAAUCUUUGAAACUGAUAUAUUGAUGUGCAGUCUUCGCCAUUCAUUUUGUCUUUAAAUUCUGUAUCAAAACAUGUAUCAUAUUACCAACUUCUACUCAAAAAAAUGAAUUUGAUUUCGAAAUGGUGGCCAAGAUAGCCAAGAUGAUCCAAGAUGGCCAAUGGGAACCUUCUGUCAAAUCAUCCCUGUGGAAGAGAUAUUGAGCUGUUGCUAUAAUUUUUAUUAACUCUGUAUCCUUAUGUGACACAUCUUCUGAUAAGCGCCUCAAUAGAUUUUCAUGUAAUUCAUCAAACAUGUUUUUUUUUGGUUUGGUCGUCGACGUAUGUCAGCUGUUUUUCGAAAUUUAGUAUUUCGAGGAUAAUAUUAGGAAAAAGGAUUUCUGGGAUAUUUCAUAAGUAUGAAAUACUCUCAAUUUGCAUUACUCUGAUGUAUUUGCCUUAUUGUCACUGACUGUCAGUGUGCUACUGCUCUGUGUAAUCUGUGAUGUAGUUAUUAUAUCAACGUAUGCAAUUUUCCUAGUUCAGUGUACUAUUAACUAAGUGUUGAAUGCUUAUUUGAUUUCUAUUCCGAAAUUCAUUCCUUCAUAGGUAGUUUUUUUUAGUUUAGUUUCCUAUCUGAAAAAUUACACAAUUCAGAGGAUAAUCCAGAUUCAGCAUUUACUAAUUUUCUCUUAUAAUAGAUAUGUAUAGAAUAAAUCAAUGAACCUAGUUUUAAGAGUAAUGGAAUGUGUGGAUAUGAAAAAUCUUUUUAGUAUGAAUUUCCUACAUUUUCCAUCAGUUCCUGUAUGAAAUCUGAAUAUGUUCCAAAAAUUUCCAUAGAAAAUAUGAGCUUUUAGUUGGGUAUUAAAAGAAAA